UUAUCGGCGUCAAGACUUCUCCCCGGGUCGUUAUCAGCCGCGGCGCCUCGUUCCCUGAAGCGACGUGACGUGCGCGCCGAUGGUUUAGUGUUUAAGGAUACGUCCAAUCCCACCCCUCCAUUCUCCCCUUGCCCCCUCCCCCACACAUCCCCGCCCCGCCUGGCCUCCGGGUUCACGCGUGGCACCCGUCUAGUCCAGGACGGCUGUGGCUGCCAGGGGCCGGGGAGCCUGGGGCCGGGGAGCCUGGGGCCGGGGGAGGAGAGGCCGUGAAGGCUUUAUAUGAGGCAGCAAAGACUGAGGGCGUCACUUGCGACCUGGGAGCACAACAGACACCACUACUGCUGGUGCUGCUCCUGCUACUGCUGCUGCUGCUGGUACUGCUAUUACUAUUACUGCUGCUACCAAGAGUAUACUUUUGUCGCUGCUGCAGCUAACACUACCACCACCAUGAGUCUUACAAUGGCCUCCAGAUCAAGCCUGGCGCUGACCGUGGCCCUCGCCGUGGCCGUGGCCCUCUCCAUGCCCCUCAUGGUCUUUGCCGCGCCCGCCGGGCCCGCCGCCCCCCAGCCCGUCAUCGCCAACGGCAGCAGCGUGGCCGUGGCCCCCCUGGCCGAGGCGUUCCUCUUUUGCUGGGUGGACGCCGCCGCCGCCGUGCAGGAGGUGGAGUGGCGGGACGCCGCCGACAAGCCGCUGCCGUCGUGGACGCCCGGCGCCGACGCCUUCCAGCUGGGCCGCGGCCGACACCUGCCUCACGCCUACCUGGUGCUGGCCGACUUCCGGCAGGACCUGGCGGGCGUGUACACCUGUGUGGCGCGCGGCGAGGCGGGGGUGGAGGGGCGCGCCAGCGUGGCCGUCAGCCUGGACGACACGGCGCCCUGGGCACGGCGCUAACCUCAGCACCGCGUCAGCGUGGCCGUCAGCCUGGACGACGCGGCGCCCUGGGCACGGCGCUGACCUCAGCACCG